AUUUCUAAAAAAGUCCCACAAUUAUAUUUUCCAGAUAACUUUAAUUAUGGCAGGGAGUGUGGAGGAGUCAAAGAAGUUGCAGCUCUACUCAUAUUGGUGGAGCUCAUGUGCAUUUCGUGUCAGAAUAGCUCUCAAUUUGAAAGGAUUGGGAUAUGAGUAUAAAGCUGUUAACUUGCUCAAAGGAGAACAAAAGGACCCUGAAUACUUGAAGCUGAAUCCCCUUGGAUAUGUGCCGACUUUGGUGGAUGGAGAUACAGUAAUUGCCGACUCUUUUGCUAUCAUAAUGUAUCUGGAAGAGAAGUAUCCCCAGCGAGCAUUGUUGCCUCAGGAUCUUCAGAAAAGAGCAAUCAACUAUCAGGCUGCAAACAUUGUUGCGGCAAACAUUCAGCCUCUACAGAAUCUUGCUGUACUUAAUUACAUCCAAGAAAAAGUUGGCCCUAAUGAGACAACCCCUUGGCUUCAAACUCAUAUAAGAAAAGGCUUUGAAGCACUUGAAAAGCUACUAAAAGAUUAUGCUGGGAAGUAUGCAACAGGAGAUGAAAUUUAUGUGGCCGACUUGUUUCUGGCACCUCAGAUCUAUGCCGCAAUCAAGCGUAUUGAAAUUGACAUGAAUCAGUUCCCUACAUUGUUGAGGGUAUAUGAGGCUUACCAAGAGCUGCCUGCUUUCCAGGAUGCUAUGCCAGAAAAGCAGCCUGAUGCCACCGGCUGAGGCAAGAAUCUGAGUUUGUUAAUUGCUUUGGAGAUGAAGAAUGUUUGCUUUGUUCAUUUGUUGUUUUGCCUUAAAUAGUCAUACUUGUGCACAAACAACCACUGAUAUAUCACAUUUAACUAAUUAGUAUUUCAAUGAGCAGGCCAUCUAUCACCUUGAAAGUUCCCUUCGAACCAUUGACUCAACUGCUGGACUUGCAUUUUAGCAGAAUGCUUGACAAGGAUGAGGAUGGCGUUUGGUUCUUUCAUGUCAGAUCAGGAAAAGUGGUUUGCAUACUUGCAUGCAUGCCACCUAUGCUUCUAGUUAUGAAUAAAAGUACAUAUAGCUGUGUAUCACUUCGCUUAUGGCGAAGUCAUGAUAAUACUGAAGUUCAAAUAGUGAAAAUGGUAUUUCACCUAUGUUAAGGGGCCUUGGAUGAACAUUCCUUGGUCUAUGUUGUAAUUUGUGAGCUAUAACAAGUUCCUUGCAUGUUGAAAAA